AUGUCGUCUCUAUUGGAGCGAGCAUCUGGGGAUGCUUCUAUCGAUCGAAGUGUGCAAAACUGGAAUUAUGCUUGUCAGUCGCUAUGCAUUAUUGGAAUGACUGUUUUCUUUGGUCUUCGCAUGUAUACCCGGGUGUUUAUUCUCAGCGGGGUUGGCAAAGAGGACUGUGCAUGUUUUAUAGCUUCGUUUCUUGGUAUUUGUUACUCGGUUAUUGCCCUCGUCAUGGGACAUUACGGAGGUGGUUUACAUUGGUCUGAAGUCCAUGAAGAAGAUAAAAUCCCUUUUCAAAAGACUAUCUAUGUGACGAUGGUCAUGUACGGACCAACCGCCUACCUAACGAAGGUCUGCCUUCUUUGGAUCAUGACCCGUGUGUUUAGUCCGUUCCGAAAAUGCGUCAUCUUCAUCAGGGUCUUCAUGGGCAUCAUGUUGGCCUACUACAUCCCCGCUGUUAUCGUCAAAAUCCGAAUUUGCAAACCCAUCCCCAGAUUUUGGGACCCGACGAUUGCUGGUACGUGCCUUGACAAGAACUCCAUUAUCCUGGCCGAUGCCGUGGUCAGUGUUGUCAGCGAUUUGAUUAUUCUCAUUCUCCCUAUCCCAUUGACGUUGAGUUUGCAAAUGUCGACAAAGAGAAAAAUGAGGGUUAUGGGUAUCCUGGGCGCGGGUGGAUUAGCUGUUGCAUCAAGUAUCAUCCGUCUAGCACUCAUUGUGGUAACCGGACAAUCAAAGGAUGCUUCUUUGGCUUUCAUGAGAAUCAACAUGCUUGGUAACGCCGAAGUUUCCAUUGGCGUGAUCUGCACCUGUCUCCCUGCCCUCUCUGCCCUCCUCAUUCGCAUCUACAACGAUUAUUCCAGCAACAAAGCAACACUCGAAUCGUCAUAUAAGAUGAACUCAAUGAAAAUGCAGACCAGGACUGAACGAAGCAAAAACCAAAUGAGUGUUAGGGAGCUGGACUCCGAUGAGGAUGGACUUGUCUACAAUGCACAAGGCAAUCCAAGGGUUGAGACUACUAUUCAUGGUGACAGCCUGCGACAAGAAGGCUCUGAGAGCAUGAAAUAUGAUGGCGUAGGGAUUACGCGGACAGUCGAUGUGUCAACCUCGGUGGAAACCCGGUAA